AUGUCUUACUACAAUGACGCCAUGAGACUCGGGGUCUCUUGGCUUUUAAUCAUGCAACACUUUGGGAUCGAAAAAAAUCGACAGGUGGCAUCUUUCAGAGUUGCUGCCGCUGGACUUCAGCAACACUGGAUACUUCACAGGGACUUGAACAUCUUCAGGAAUAGCGACCAGCGAAAUGAAAUAUCGAAGCCUACAUCUACAAACUUCAUUUCGACUCGAGACAAAGAUCCGCACUCACUUCAAGUGACGUUCCCAGUACAACAUUACAGCGAGUCUUACAUCAUGGUCAGCGUGUGGGCGAGACAUUGGCACUCUGAGCAUGCUGUGCGUGCCUAG